AUGGCCCAGCACAUUCUACGGCUGGAAAAGUGGAAUCCGGAUGAACUCACUUGGACAGAAUGGUACCAGAAGUUCGAAAACUACAUUGAGAUGACCGGCGUCCCUGAUGACAAGAAGGUCAACCUUCUGCUGGACUCCCUCGGUCCGAAACCAUUCAAGCGCCUGGUGGCCGUAUGCCUUCCGGGUAAACCUAAAGAUUUCCCAUUGGAUCAGCUGCUCGAGAAGUUACGUAUCCGUUACACUUCCUUCACCUUCCGGAAAGUUCAAAUUGCAAAAUUCUUCAAGGUGACCCAGACUUCCAGUGAAACCUUAGAAGACUUUUCGGAAAAGCUCCAAGACGCGACAGCCUACUGCCAGUUCCCGUCCACAGUGCUGGACGAUAACCUCUGCGCGGCCUUCAUCAACGGUCUCCAGAACGAGAGUACCCGCUCUCACCUGAUGACCCAUGACCUUCAAUCGUUCGAAGAAACGUUAGAACGCGCAAAGAAGUACGAAGCGGGCCGGAACGAAGCGAAGCAGUCCGGAUCCCGUGGCGAUGCCGACAUUGAUGUCCACAAGAGCUUCAAUAGCGCUCGCACCAAUUGA